UUGCCACUUCUCUUUACUAGAUCCGUAUCUCACGUUUCGUUCGGUUCUUAGCAGGUCUACCUACCAACGAUCGAUCGCGUCGAGAUCUCUCUCCGUCGUUGGUUGAGAAUAUCGUUGAAAGAAACGAUUGGCUUUAAAGGCUGCUAUUUUAUCGUUUCUUCCUCGUUUCGCUUGCUCGAGGAUUCGAGCGAAUUACCAACGUCUCUUUCUACGUUUACGAACGAUUUCGAAAAAUGUUCACGUAGGUGCGAUGUCGCAAUCGGUCGGAUUAACGAAUCCAUGGAACGAAGGCGACGACGGCGGCGGCACGGCAUUGCGCGCGAGAUAGCACGUUGAAGCCUCGGAGGAAAGCCAUAUACGCGUGUCUACGACGCAGGUGGCUUUUAUAGUCCUGUCGAUAAGAUCAAAGGGAGCCGCAGCCUUUACUCCGUCGCGUCUUUGCGUCUCUGUAAAUCAUUUUCACGAUAAGGCGGCCUCGCGAUAAACGCUGUUACAGCGGCUAUUCAUGGACAUCGUUUUGCGCCCGGCUCCAUUCCCAUUCUCUCUCUUCGUCGAGAUAGAAUAUCGAAUUCCAUGCAUUCGUCGACCUUUCCUCCGAUAUUUAAACCGGUAAUACGUACCCUAAUUAAAUCUUACGAUUAGAGAAACAUGAUCGCGAGAUUCGACCGGCAUUGUCCUUUUUUUUUUUUUUAGAUAAAAUCGUUCGACGAUCUUACGCGAGGAGGAAUCUCGUAAAUCGAGGAAAAGGAGCAAGGCAAUCGUAGUCGCGAGUUAUCUAAUUAUAUUCCAAGAAAUUGCCUCGUUGACUCGCAGAAUCGUACGCAAGGUCAGAGUAAAGUCGUUCGUACGGCAGUGUAACUAGCUUUGAUCUUUCUCGGCUGGAUCCUCGUCCGUCUGCGGCUCGUAUAACCACUCGGCGGAACCGACUUUUCUAGGAAAUAUCCCGUUGAAAAGUAAACCCUCCUCUCGUCUGCUCCACCCUCGACUCCUUCGAAAUCUCGUCCUAGUCGGAUUACCCUUUGAAUUUCUCCCAAAUUAUCUCUCUCCCUCCCUCUUUCGUUUUCUCCUUAUUUCGUCACGCCGACGAAGAGAAAGAAAAAAGAGAAGGAGAGAAGUGCAGCGAUAUAAAAGUUUAUUCGCGUUCGCGUAUCUCGCGAGCUCGAUGUCAGACAUGAAAAGCGCAUUAAGACGAUCGGAUAUCGCCGAGGAUAGGGGUCUUUUGAUGAUCGCCGAUCGAGAUAGCUCGUCGGCAGACCCAGAUGGUUUCUAACCUCAAAACCUCUCCUCGAUACCGUGCAAGUAAUUAAUUUGAAAGUCGGCUUAAUUAGUCGGCUCCAUGAUUCUCUCUUUUAGCCGACUAUGAAAUAAUAUCUUUAAAUCGCUAAAGAAAUGGACUUCCCUUUUUUUUUAUCUAUUCUCUCUUCCAUUAGCGUUGCGAGCAAUGAACUUUCUUGAAAAAAUCCUUGUUUCCUUAUAAAUGGUAUCUGUCUGUCUGCUGGAAGAUCGUCGAUCGCAAACGUAAUUGGCAAAGCUUUCAAGAGCGUUCCUCGCUCGAGUAUUCGUUGUCCAUUUCUUCUUGCACAAUGGAAUUAAAAAAUUGCACAAAUGAAAGGUUAAUGAACGCGUCGAGAGCAGUCUCGAGGACGAACGAACGAAGGGAAGGAGGAGCGAGCGAACGAUCACAGAAGCGUGGAUGAGACGCGACGGGACGCAUCGUGGAUAAAUUAAAGUCGAUCUUUUUAGUGUGGCUUGCGAAGGACGGCGACAAAGGCGCGCAUCGCCGUCGCAAAUUAUCCGGUACAUACAUCGUUGAGCACCGCUCGCAUCUUAUAACGUACGAACGAAGGAAGAAAGGGAUAGAACGUCGAGAAAAAGAUUUCUUUUUUUAAUCGUACUUUCGUUUCCAAACAUUUCGACGACGUACAUCGUAUUUUCGUACUCGAUGAAAACAAUGUAGGUGGUAUGUAUGCUUGUGCGUGUAUGCGUAUGUUAUGAUAUUUGUAUGUAGCUCUGUAUUUUGUGUGUGUGUGUGUGUGUGUGUACGCAGGAACGAUUGGUCUCUCUUGUCGCUGCGUUAAAAUCUCCAGCUGUGCGAAUCGGCUUGCACGCUGUGAGAAAUUAUAUAAAGGACGUGCGUGGAAGGCGAGUCGUCGACAUUAAAGGAUCAAAGGGACGGUUCUAUCUAUCCUAUCAAAUCCUUUUGCUGAUCCUUCGACGGAAAAGGGGAGGAAGGAAAGAAGAAAGAAAGAAAAAAGAAAGAAAGAAAGAAAGGAGGUCACCGCAAGAAGCUUUUUCGUCGACGUAUUCGUACAUACGGGCACACGCAACAUGCGAGUACAUAUCCUGCGUACUCGCGGGUAUAUCGAAGGCAAGGCACGCGGCUAUAAAAGCUGAACCGAUCCGAGCGAGAGGAACGACCGAGGCUGUUGAAGGAGUUCUGGCGAGGGGAACGAAAGGGUGAAAUGAGGAGAGGGAGAGAGAAAAGAGGAAGCCGCUCGAAUCGUGCGAGUACGAAGCAAGAAGAAGAAAAUGAGAGAGAGAGAGGGAGGAGAGAGAAAGAAGAUGAAAAGGAGAAGAAGCGGACUACAUCUUACCACUACUAAUACACUACUACGCAACGCAAAGUCCUUCGUUGUCUCCGAGAGAGCUAAGGAGAGAAGGUCUUUCUCUCUCUUUUUCGCGAGCCAUCUCGGUUGUCUGUCAAGACACUUUUAAAAUGCUAUCCUCCGGCAGAAGCAUCGACGUGGAGCCACCCUUUCUCUCCCUUCAAGCUGGCGACUCUGAUGCCCCUGGUACAUUACAACUGUUCGAAACACUUGAGGCUCUUUCUUUGCGCCGUCUUCGCCCCUGUAUGCUCCGAACAUGUGGCCAUGCAGAUACCCGCUUGCAAGUCUCUCUGUCUUUCGGUUAGGAGAGAGUGCGAGCCGGCACUGACCAGCCUCACUCUUCCUUGGCCGCAUAUGCUCGACUGCGAUCGAUUUUUGGAUCGAGGCAACACACUUUGCGUUCAACCACCCGAGGAAACUCUCUCGGACGCUGUUCCGUCCGUUCAACAGCAAUGGCCAACGCAAGAACAAAUUCAGCCUGUUCAAACGUCCACGGGAUUGCAAAAUCACCAUCAGUGUCCACCUCACUUCGUACAAACGCCGGAUGUACAAACGAUCUCUUGUGCACCGCGUUGCGGUAUCGACGCUUAUUAUCGCGCCGAGGAUAAAAAAUUUGCUGAACGAUGGAUGAUAGGAUGGGCAUGGCUCUGCUUUCUAUCCACGCUUUUCACUCUUUUAACGUUCUGGGUCGAGCCCUCCAGAUUCCGUUAUCCAGAGAGACCCAUAGUAUUUUUGGCGCUCUGUUACAAUUUAUUAUCGGUAAAUUAUAUCGUCAGAGGUGCGAUCGGUACCGAAAUCCUCAGUUGUGUCAGCCAACUCGAUGGACCCAGCUAUGUGCCGGUUCACGACGGAUUAAAGAGUAUUCCUUGUACGAGCUGGUGGAUCGUCAAGCAUUAUCUGAGUUUAGCCAGUAGCACUUGGUGGGCGAUACUGUGCGGUUGUUGGCUUCUUAGCGCCAGAAACGAGUGGAGCAGCGAAGCUCUGCACAAUAUUGCUUCGUAUCUACACGGAGUUGCUUGGGGAUUACCGCUCUUUGCUACCGGAGGCAGCUUACUCUCUCGUCAAAUAGUUGCCGACGAACUUACCGGUCUCUGUCAAAUCGCCGAUGAAUCCGCUUUGUGGCUCGAAGUUUUACCACACGCGAUUCUGAUCUUUCUCGGUUGCAUUUUAGCAGCAGUGGCAGGCGGCGCGUUGAUUCGCGUACGACGAGCUAUACGUUCGGCCGGUCGUAGCGCGACGAAACUGGAGAGACUGAUGACUCGUCUUGGAAUCUUUGCGUUGCUUUACGCCCUGCCAGCCCUUGGUAGCUUAACCUGUAUUCUACACGAAUCUUCGACGAGACCUCGCUGGCGAACGCUCGCGCUUCUCGCUGCUCUUGAUUGUCGAUCAGCGGAGAACUGUGUACCAGGUCCCGUUUAUAGAGCGGCAGGACUCGAAGUGGCCCUUCUCAGGCCGUUUUUGUCUUUGGUCAUUGGCGUGACCUCGGGUAUGUGGGUCUGGUCUGGUAAAACUUGUAGAGCUUGGAGUAAAUUACUCGCAGCUCCUACUAAACCUACUAGAUCUAUCCCAACUGCCCAACCUCUGACGCAAAAUGUUCUUCGGAAUUUUAAAGCCGAUGUAAAUAAUCUGCCAUGAGGAGAGUAUUAGCGAAAUGUACGCAAAAGAAUUCCGAAAUUGUACAUAACGUGUAAAUAUUACGAAUGUAUUAUAUUUUUUAAAGACGUUUUUAAAACGCUCUUCGUAAAUAUAUAUAUAUAUGUAUUUUUUAUCGAUUUCCAUUUGUACUGUAUGUUGGUAAGAUGAAGUUGUACAGAAAAUUCAUUUUCACUGCGAAAUCAUUGUUUCCCUUAAUACGCUGUAUUAAUUUAACACGAAAAUAAAGAAAUUUGAAACUGUCAGUGUUUCAAGUUCCUGUUCGAGUUAUCCUCUGAAGGUAUUGCGGAUAUUCCUAAUCGUUGUACCGUUGAUCUCUCUUGGAAGAGAGAGAGACAUUUCUUGAAAUUAGUAUAUUAUGUGUACGAAUAUAAUGAUACAAAAAUUAAGAGA